UCUUGCGGUGUUUUAAGGUUGUGGAACGGUUGAGUCGGGAAGAAAACGGAUUCAUUUUUAUAAUGCCUGUGGUAAAAUGUUUGCCUCUGCUUUUACUUGUCGUGGCGUUAUUGAUGGUGAGCUGCCUUAGCACUGACGGAUGUGAUAGAGUUUGCUCUCAGGAAGCUGUUAUCCUCUUCAGUAAUUCCACAAAUAUCACAAAUUUUGUUUAUGGAUUAACUGCAAACAUGGCUGCUGUGGUGCUGUAUGGAAGCACCUUUGUUCCAGUCAAAAGAAUAGAGACAGGGGAUGGUAUGUUCUAUCAUUUUGUGAGCUGUGCAUCAAUAUGGGUUGUGUCUCUUUUUGGAGAUCUGUUGCUGCAAACACCCAAAUUCCAUCCUCUUGCAAUGCUCGGAGGUGUGAUCUGGGCCACAGGAAGUGUAGCAGCUGUUACCAUUGUUAAAGCAAUUGGCCUUGGUCUUGGAAUUUUAAUUUGGGGAUCUGCCAGUUUGUUGAUUGGCUGGGCCAGUUCAAGAUUUGGGUGGUUCGGGAUUGAUGCUCAGGAUGUUUCUAGGCCAAUUCUGAAUUACUGUGGUGCUGGGUUGUGUCUGCUCAGUGGUCUGGUCUUUUUCUUUGUCAGAAGUGAUGUAAAACUCCAUCCAGAGUCAGAAACAAUCACCUUACUAAUUGACAGGAGAUCUCUGUCAGGCAGUUUUAUACAACGAUCCUCUGCAUACUGGAUUGACGCCGUUGGACCAAAAAUGAGGCGAAUCAUUGGUUGCCUGCUUGCUGUUAUGGCUGGUUUGCUGUACGGCUCUUCAUUCAUACCUAUUCUCUACAUAAAGAACCAUUCAUUGUGCCGUGACAGCAUUUUUUAUGGAGCCAGCGUUUACGAUCUUGACUAUGUUCAUGCACAGACCUCUGGUGUGUUCCUUGCAAGCUCUGUGUACUUCACCAUCUACUGUGCUGUGAUGAAAAACAAGCCCAGGGUUUACCCCAGAGCCAUCCUACCAGGGUUUCUGUCUGGAGUGAUGUGGACAACAGGCACAUACUGCUGGUUCCUGGCUAACAGCUACUUAAGUGCUGUUGUUACCUAUCCUAUUGUCACUGCAGGUUAUGGUCUGGUUGCAGCACUUUGGGGAUCCUUGGUUUUCAGGGAGAUUAAGGGUUUGGUUAACGGAAUCAUCUUCUUCUUUGCAACCUGUGUAGUGUUGACUGGCUCCAUGCUGACAGCCAUUUCAAAGCUAGAAUAACCCACUUUAAGUGGUUUCUAUCUACUUAUAUUUUCCUUCAUUGAAUCAGAAUUGGACUGUUUUAAAAUAAAAUCUCUGAAUUCAUUUUAAAGCCACAAGAAGCUAAAUGUAGCUUACUGGUGAGAUUAAGAAGAUAUAUUUGUAACAGAAAAUGGAUUUUAGUCACUUGUUUUUUCUUACCUCCAAUUUGACACUUUAUUCACACCCUAUUAAGGGCUGCUGUACUAAAAUAUUUCACAUCUAUUUAAAUUGUUAUAACCUGGUGGUGGUUUUUGCAUCAACACAAGAUACUAGUUUUUUGUAAUGUCUAUUAAAAUAUAAAUGACUCUUGACAUUAAAAUGGUCUGUUUACUCCUGUA